AUGGAGAAAAGUGGCCAUGAAUGCGGCUGCAGCGGGGUGAGGAAUGAGUGCCGAAUUCCUGAAUGGGAUGAACCCGAUUAUACCGAAGGUGCAUGCUAUGCUGUGAUCUGGCAAUUCCUUCUGCGCCGCAGCAAUGCGCAAGAGAUGUGGCGCACAGAAGGCUUCGUGCAUUUGCACAUGGGCUUCGCCGGCAAAGCCUCGGGUCCCUGUACCGAAGCCUUUGGGCCGAGCUCGUCGUUUUGGACGCCGAGCUGGACCGUGGAUGCCGAUGCUCGGGGUUUUGCGUUGACGUUCUGCCUUCUCCUCUUGCUCAUUCCCUCCUGGAUGCUGGGCUACACCUGGGGAGCUCGUCGUGGCAAGGGCCGCAAGCAGCUGUCAGCGCCGCUGAUGGCCGUUUAG